CCGGGACGAUGACAGAAGCCAGGCUUCGCUUCCCUCGCUCCAGCCGCCUAAUGCUGCGCCCCCUGCGCCGUGGACCCGCGGGCUCUAGGACCCGGUGACCGGCGCGGGCCGGGGCUUCGCGGCCUGAGCCCUGGUCCGCUGCCGAGGGCCCCCGGGCUGCCGAGGCGCCGCGCUGCAGCGGAGGAGGCGGGAGAGUCGCAGCGCACCCCCGGCACCGUGCGCUCGCCUGGUCCGCGUCAGCAGGGGAGCGCCGAAAUCGACGGGAGCGUGGGGGCGCCGCGGCGAGAGGGGGUCCCGAUGCCCUUCUCAGGGGCGCCGGGCAGCUUCACCGCCAGCUGCUGCUGGUGCCCGGCGCCUCUGAGAGUCCUCUGCUCUGUCUCUGAAGAUCUGGGUUGCAGACGUGGAGAGUUUAGCAGAAAGCAUUACGGAUCUGUGGAGCUUCUUAUAUCUAGUGAUGCUGAUGGAGCAAUUCAAAGAGCUGGGCGGUUCCGCGUGGAGAACGGCUCCUCUGGUGAGAAUACAGACUACACUCCGGGUACAUGGCACAGAACAGACGUGCAUUUGGAAAACCCAGAGUAUCAUACAAGAUGGUAUUUCAAAUAUUUUUUAGGGAAAGUUCAUCAAAAUUAUAUAGGUACGGAUGCAGAGAAAAACCCUUUCUUUCUGUCUGUUGUACUGUCUGAUGAAAAUAAUCAGCGCGUUCCUCAAUACCAUUCAAUACUCUGGAGAAAAACAGGUACUCAGAAAAUAUCUCUCCCUUAUAGUCCCACAAAAACAUUGUCAGUGAAAUCUAUAUUAAGUGCUAUGAGCCUUGACAAAUUUGAAAAGAGCCCAAGGGAAAUCUUUCAUCCUGAGAUACAAAAGGAUUUAUUGGUUCUUGAAGAGCAAGAGGGAUCUGUGAAUUUUAAAUUUGGAGUCCUUUAUGCUAAGGAUGGGCAGCUUACAGACGAUGAAAUGUUCAGCAAUGAAACUGGAAGUGAAAGCUUUCAAAGAUUUUUGCAUCUCUUGGGUGACACAAUUACUUUGAAAGGCUGGACAGGCUACAGAGGAGGACUGGACACUAAAAAUGAUACAACAGGAACCUGUUCCAUCUAUACAGUUUUUCAAGGGCAUGAAAUUAUGUUCCAUGUUUCAACCAUGCUACCAUAUUCUAGAGAGAACAAGCAGCAGGUAGAAAGGAAGCGACAUAUUGGAAACGAUAUUGUCACUAUCGUAUUUCAGGAAGGUGAAGAGUCUUCUCCAGCUUUCAAGCCAUCCAUGAUUCGCUCUCAUUUUACGCAUAUUUUUGCCUUAGUGAGAUAUAAUAAGCAGAAUGAUAGUUACAGGCUGAAAAUAUUUUCAGAAGAAAGUGUUCCUCUCUUUGGGCCUCCCCUUCCAUCCCCACCUGUGUUUACAAAUCACCACGAAUUCAGGGAUUUUGUGUUAGUGAAAUUAAUAAAUGGGGAAAAAGCCACCUUGGAAACCCCAACAUUUUCUCAGAAACGUCAACGCACUCUAGACAUGCUGAUCCGCUCUUUAUACCAAGACCUGAUGCCUGAUCUACACAAGGUAAAUAACAUGCUUAAUAGAAGGUCCUUCAGUGACGUGCUACCGGAGUCCCCAAAAUCAACACGGAAAAAAGAGGAAGCUCGGCAAGCAGAGUUUGUCCGACUUGGUCAGGCAUUGAAAUUGAAAACCACUGUGAAAGGGGAUGCCACAGCUAAUUUGGCAACCACAAGCUUUUGUAAAAAGGAGCCUUGGGAAUCUCAAUCUUUCUGCAGUAAUUUUCCUCAUGAGGUUGUCUGUGCAGAUUCUUGGGGCCAGUCCUUGCUGGUUUCUACAGAUGCUGGCAUCUUGUUAAUAGAUGAUGGUCAACCAUCAGUGCAAGUAUUUGAUAAAACUCUCCAAAUAAAGCAGAUGCAUGUGUUGGAAGCUCUGGAUCUUUUGAUUGCCCGAACAGACAAAGGGAAAGACUCUCGUCUCCUUGUCUUCAGACUCAGUGCUGUCCAAAAAGAUAUAGAAACAAAGCAAAUAAUAAGGAGCAAAUAUGACUGCAGAGAAAAUAAACUGGAGAGAACAAAAGGCUGCCAUUUGUAUGCCAUUAAUACUCACCUUGGCAGUGAACUAAGGAUUGUUGUGGCUAUUCGGAACAAACUACUUCUCGUCACAAAGAAAUAUAAUCCAUGCAACAGUUUGACCAGCAGCUCUCUGCUAUCGUCAUCUGAAUCUCCAGUAGAGGAGUUCCAGUACAUCCGGGAAAUAUGCCUUUCUGACCCUCCAGUGGUUAUGACGCUGGUGGAUGGACCUACUGGAGACAGUGACAAUAUGAUCUGUGUAGCAUAUCGGCAUCAGUUUGAUUUAGUUAAUGAGAGUACUGGGGAGUCCUAUAGAUUGCAUCAUGUUGAAACAAACAAGGUUAAUUUUGUUGCAGCUAUUGAUGUAUAUGAAGACGGUGAAGCUGGUCUACUGUUGUGUUAUAACUAUGUUUGCCAAUACAGAAAGGUAUAUCCUUUCAAUGGAGGUUCUCCACUGAUCCAGCCAUCAGCUUAUGACUUCCACUUCAGCUGGAAUCAAGUUCCUUAUGCUGUUGUCUGUGCUUUCCCUUAUAUCCUCGCCUUCACUACUGAUUCCAUUGAGAUCCGGUUAGUGGUGAAUGGGAACUUAGUCCACACAGCAGUUGUGCCUGAGCUUCAACUUGUAGCGUCAAGGUCAGAUAUUUAUUUUAAAGCUACUGCUGCAGUAAGUGGAUCAUCUGACAGCAGCUCUAAGGAAAUGAGUUCAAGGAGUUCUCCUCAAACACCAACAGCUUAUGAAAUGCCAGGAUGUCCUCUUUCUUCUGUGGAAGGUGAAGUUCCAUGCAAAAACCUGUACAAAAUUCCUCUCAGUAAUCUGGUUGGGCGAAGCAUUGAACGACCUCUAAAGUCACCUUUGACUCCCAAAGUCAUCACUACCACAACGUCCAGUGGCAUCGCCUCUCUGCCAGUUACUCACUCGCUAUCCUUAUCUCGUAUGGAAAUUAAAGAAAUUGCAAGCAGAACACGUAAAGAAUUGCUGGGCCUCUUGGAUGAGCCGAUACCCAAGACAGAAAGUGCACAGAAGCAAAAAAAGGUUCCUCGAAGACAGUCAGACCCCAAGCAGGGAGCAGUAAGAUCAACUAGCAGUGACAGGAUAAUAUCAAGCUCUUUUGAAAGCUAUUCUGAAGGAUGUCAUCUUUCCACUAGUUCAGAUCCCAAUACCUUAGCAAACAGGGAGGAGAGCUCACCAUCUAGCUAUCCAUUUCAGCUGAUUUCUUUAUAUGAUGAAGACAUCAUUGACUUGAAGUGAAGACAGUCUUAAAACCUUUCUUCCUUUCUUCACAUUUUCUUACAACUCUGUGAGCUCUAUGGGAAUGUCACAAACACUGCUUCUAGUGGUAAAAUGUGGCUGGAAGUAUUGGUGAUUAAUCUUUAUAGAACCCAUGUUGUUCUGGCUAGCUCAGCCUGAUUUGGUGAUGCUUAUAUCUUUGAUAUAGGUAUGUUUUCUCAGUUAAUGAACCAUUACUUUUUGUGGCAUUCUAACAGUAGGUAAUCAAUGUGAGAUUUAGGCUGAAACUGAAGUAAAUAAAAAGUAUUACUUGUGCCGAGCUUCUUAUAAUUUGAAGUUCCUGACGGACGUUCAGCUAAAUUAAUCGCUGUUAUUACUAUCAUGAGUUGUUUUACAACAGUGUAUGUCAUGUGGGAAGAGGAAUUUUAUAACAUAAAUCACUCCUUUUGUUUUUUCAGUCUUUAAAAAAACAAACAAAACAAAACAACAACAAAAAAAAAAGACUUGCAGGCAAGGUCUUUCCAGACAGUGCAGUCUGUCCUUGUGAAAUGAUGCAGCUGUGGUAUGUUCACUGAAGAAUCAAGGAUGUUCUAUAAAGAUCAGGUAAGAUACGAAGAUGCAGCUUUCUUUGCUCUGGCCUGUCUGUGCACAUUUUUUAGAGAAACUUGAAAACUGUUUUGGCAUUAAGAAUCCUUGAGCAGAGUGAGUUUUUAUAGAAGACGCAGACUUUCAAAAUGUUCCCUAAGAAUUUGAAGUAAAAAGCAAAACACACAAAAAAAACCCAACCCCAAAACCACAAACCCAACCUGUAUUUCUCCAUCUACUGGAAAACUGUAACUGUAGUGUGCGUACAGAUUUUCCCAUUACAGGCAGAAGAGCCAACCCCUGAUUUUUUUUUUUUUUCUGACUACACAAAGAUUCGUAUGCAGGCGUCGGCAUUAACUGUUGUCUGCUCUUGCACCGACAGUUUAAGUCACUAUUCCAGAUAGUCAUAUUUUUCUAACUGGAUCCAGACUGAAAUUUCACUGCAAAGAAGCUAGUUUUCUAUGAUGAAAUACUCAUCUUAGAUCUUUUGUUAUGUUAAGAGGCAGGAUUUCAGGUUUAAAGCUUGAUAAUUUUUUAACCCUUUCCUCUAUACCAAAAAUCAAUUUUAAACAGUAUUAUGAAAGGGUUUUGGUUUGUUGUUUGUUUGUUUGUUUGUUUUUGUUUCAUGAAAGCAUGAUGCUUCCAGGCUUUUUAUAUAUGAAGCUUUUAGCUUUAUUAGCAAGUAUUUCUUGUUCUAUAUGUAGAAAUACUUCUGUAUCCUUGACUUUAUUUUGUAAUACCAUUCAUGUGUCAUGAUCUCAAUUUCUGUCCAAGCAUGAGCAUCUGGAGAUGUGUGCCUUUUGCUUCAGUCUGUCUGAAUGUAAAACUGUUAGGGUAUCAGAUUUUAAAUAUAUUGCAGAUGUUUAUCUGUGCUGUUCUAGCAUGAUUUAACAUGACUAAACCAUAGUUCGAUAGCAGUUGAAGCAAUAUAUGGAGAUUUUUAAAAUUGUUUUGAAGAACCUGGACAAACAAAUAUUUAGGUAUCCUGAAAGACAAACCUUAGAGAUGGAGCACUAAGGAGAUCAAGAAGAAUGAGAGAAGCUUGACCACUGGCUAUGAUGGUAGUCAGGAUGCAUAUAAAUGUGGCAUUUGUGUCAUAACCAAGACAUGGUAACAGAAAGAGGCCACGAAGCAAGAGUUACUUCACUAACCAGAACCACAGCAGUGGCUACGAAGUAUUGCUGCAAAGUAAGAACGUUAGCGUGCUGUGUGAGGACCUCUGAAGGUCUGCCUGGAAUUACAGCAUUGAUGGUGUCUGGCAAAUACUAACAAACAGCUAAAGGGCUGUAAGGAGUACAGAUUAAAUUGGAUUGCUUUGAGCUAGACAAUUCCAGAUCGGACUAGCUUCGUGGUACUUAUCCUGGAACAGGAUGUUGGUAUAGUUUGAAGAGCGAAGCCCAGCAACUGCCCCCCCCCUCCACGCACCCCUUCCACCUGAAUUUUAUGCUAUAGCUUGACUUAAUGAGUCAGGUGCGAGCUGUUAGGCAGGUCACAAUGGGAACUAGCAUACCUAACAGACUAUUGCUCAUAUAGGACAGGAAGGAUCUGAACCCUGGAAAAAAGAUUACCUGACUUCAUUCCUAAUGUAUGCAGUAAGUGCCUUAACAAGGCUGCCACUUCUUGAGUUUUUACUUCUGUAAUUAAUCAGCAUUGUCUUGCAGGGAUGUGUGGAUAAUAUUAGACCUUGCAAACGAAGUUGGGAGGGAUCAGGCAACAUUAGUUUGGUUUAUAUGACACCUGGAGAUGGUAGCUGAGGCUUUAGGGUCAUGUAUAUGUAGUUUACUACCUAUUUACUGUACAGGAGCAGCCCAGAGUAUAGGUAGAAGGCAGAGAACAUGGUAAUAAUGUUCCAAUUUUGUUUGACACAAGCCACAAGAACCAAAUUCUGUGAAGGUCUUUAUCAGAUUUGUUGUAUCAAAAGACAAACUAUCACACAAUUAUGUGAAAUUGCUGGCACAACUGGACAUGUAUCCACUGUACAAGGUGCGGUUUCUGUGGGCUCUGCACAGUCUCAUCAGAUUGCCAUGAGUUACGUGACUCUUAAUGGUGAUGUGUUGGCAUCCUCUGAACUAGCUUCUAGUCAUUGUUUCUCUCAAGAUACUGUCUUAGAUCCAUACCAUUCAGACUGCUAAUUAAAAUCAAAACAAAAGCCAACUGGGGGUAUUGAUAUAUAAAGCUCUUGUGCGUCAUUUAUAAAGGGCAAGGUUUUUACACAUCUAUGCAACCUCUCCUACUUCAGACUAGUGUCAGGGGACAAGGCUUGUUGGAACACUUCUGGGAUGGACAGCUAUAUUGUCGUUCACUCCAGCCUUGGAGCCACAUUGUUUCCCUUCUGCUUCUCCAGCACUUGCAUGCAUCUACUCGUUAAAACUUAGAGAGCAGUCUUGGGCACAAAUUGUAGCCAUGCCCACCCUAAGCAUAACCCUUCCUACUUCCACGUCUUAUGUUAAAGCUGCCUUUAGCUUCCGUUCUUGGUGUUGGCUGACCAUCUCAUGAAUGAGAGAAAAGAUAAUCUUUGAAUUUACAGCUAUGUAAGAAUUGUAUUGUUCUAAUAGAGAGGAAUACUGAAAAAUCUUGCUACAGAUGGAUGGAAGAAAUUCUUUCUGUGAAGGAAGAAUUGUUACCAAGUUGAACACUUGCUAUUAAGCUAAGCUCAACUGAAAGGCCUGUUCUGGACUCUUAAAACAGAUAAGUUUCUACAAGAAAUGUUUUCUAUCCCAACAUGCUGUAUUUGUUGAAGGAGGUAGGGCUCUUAAACCCUUCUUGCUAAUAGGAUUGUCACCACUUCAGCACUGUGCCUUAGCCUGACUAAAUUAUAGGAAUGUCAUUUACUUUAGUGCAAGCAUUAGACUGUACAGGCAGAUAAUGUAGAAGGUACUUGUGCCUCCUCACCAGCAUGGGUAACGACACAUGGAAUCACAGAAUAGCUGAGGUCGGAAGGGACCACUGCAGAUCAUCCAGUCCAGUACCUGCACCUACACACCUCCAUGCAAGACGGCAUCAGUGUCAGGUUGUUCAGUGCCAUGUUGUUGCAUUCUGAGUCCGUUCAGAACGGGGAUGCAGCAUUUUGAGCUACUGAUCAUCUUUGUCCCAUAUUUACAGUACAGCAUGCAUAUAAACCAUCACCACAGCUUUGAAGCGUGACUAGGACUCAAGAGCCACAAGGCACACGAGCUAAGCUAAGUCUUUCAAACAUGCGUAAUAUGCAGCUCUUAAGGUUGAGGCUUUGAUGAGCCCUUCCCAAAGUCUAUAGUUAGGGCUUUAGGAACUGUUGCAGACUAACAAUCAUUUUUUGUCCAGCUCUUUCUUCUAGUGGCAAUGCAGGACACAUAAAUCUUACAAAUGUUUGAAAGUAACAAAACACUUCCUUCUAAGGAGAGUUAGAGACCCACACGCAAUAGGAGAGGGCUAGGUGCUAUUCAUGGUAGUGAGAGAUCUGGACUCUAGGCUGAAUGGAGGUAUGGUACCUUCACUUUCCUGGCUUGCAGGGAACAAGGAGGGUCUGUUCUGAUUGCAAGCCUUUCCGCGUUUGAGGCUGGGGUGGAGUUUGGUUGGUUGGUUUUCUUGGCGUUUGGGGGACGGUUGUGGGGUGGUUGGUUUUGGGGUUUUGGUUUUUUUUUUUUUGGUGUGGUUGGGAUAUUUUUAUUGGGGUUUUUUGGGGUUUUUGUGAUGCAUAACAUACAGGAUACAAGUGGCAUCCAGAAUGAAUAGCAGGUUUGCUGUCUACCUUCACGUGACUAUUUCUACACAUAUGCAAGCAUUUGUAAUUGACUGGUAGAUUCAAAUUAAUUUUUUUUUUUUAGUAGGUCAGUCAACUAAGUAAUUAAACAGUUCUUAAUAGGGCAGAGGACAGGUAGCACCCACCUGAAGCAUAAUACAUAACCAGUUACAUAUGGUGAAGGCUGCUGCUCCUGACGUUUACUUUCUGCUGUUCUAUAUAUAUUUGACCAAGCCACGGAUUCAAGCUCAUGCAUGUUUUCCUAAAGGUAUGGCUCUCUAAGUUGUGCUUGCAGAUGCAGCAGCUUUCCCAGAACUGUUGGCUUAGUCUGCAUUUGAGAUAUAUAAUCCUUUGGGUUUGGAUUUGGUUUUUGUUAAUACAUAGGCAUUAAGUGUGUGUGUAUCUGUGUGUAUGUGUGUAUAUAUAUAUAUAUAUAUAUAUACACACACACACGCGUGCGCGUGUAUAUUUGUAAUUUCUAUCACAAGUUUUAAGGGAUUUAAAGUCCUAAGCAUAUACAGGAAUCUUAUGGAUGGGGGCGGAGGGGGCAGUGGGAUCCCAUCUGCAAGUGAUAAUUUUUGUUGCCUUCUGUGUAUGAAAAUGAGUACCAUAGUAUUGUCAUUAUUAGCAAUUUGAUGUCAUUGUUCAUAUGCACAGUGUUUGCUAGUUCUCUUAAAGCAGUAUUUUCUCAGAUAUAGGCUUAGCCUUAUUUUGUGGAGGAAUAAAUUAUACCCUGAGAACCUAAUAUUAACAAUACAGGAAAGCUCAUAUGACAGUAUGCAGCAAAGAGCUGUACUUGCAUGCAGGUUAGAAAGUAUUUUUACUCUUUACUAGUUGAGCACAGUCACUUCACCAGCCUGUAUACUGCCUAGCUGCUUCACUUUGUUGCUGACCUGCAACUGACUGACUCCUGUUUGCUACUGGAAAUCAUGGUAUUAACACAUGAUUUGAAGAGAAAAUUUAAGAGAUUAUUUUCUGCAUAUUUAUUUAUAGCUCUACUAGGUAUUUAUCUGGUUAAAUGGAAAAUGUUAUGUCUCUAAAGGUUUAUGCAAAAAGUGUUAUCAACCUGGAAUGUCAGUUUUAACUAAGUCUUUGAAUGUUAGCAGACUGCUUUGUAAUUUAAUAAUUGCAUAUUGUUAAGACUGUUGCUACGUUUGUGAUCAAAAACUCUAUCUACCACUUGUCUUAAGUGCUGAUGUAUUACCAUUGUUUUUAAUGUCAUGUGAUAGCGUGUAUGGUUUGUGUUUUAGAAGUGACAUCCAAAUAGAAACAGUCCUAUCACAGCUGUAACUGUUUUAAGUGCCAUUUAUCACCUUUGUGAAGGAGUAACAGAUGAUUUAUUCCUUCAUAUGUAAUAAACCAUACCUUUGACCUCACCUCUUUCACACAUGCAGUACUAAUGGCUUUUCCAAAUUUGGUUCAUCAGACAAAAAAUGAGGGUAGUACAGGAUUGCAGACAGCGCUGGAUUACUGGUUCCAUUUGAUUUCUCUAGAAAUUUUGUUUCAGAGAUGUCAUUCAUUUAAGUGCUCUAUCAUACAUGUAAGAUUGGUGUUUGUGUUUUAAGCAUUACCCAUCUUUGAAAAACCAAUCCAGCAACUGGUUUGUGUUUCCAGGCACCUUUCAGACUUUCAGAGACCUGCUCCAGUUGAAGCACUACAAAAGACAGUUUUUUCUCCUUUUCUGGCUAAGAGUAUAUUCUUGCUGUCUCCAAGACUUUGUGCUUCCUUUUGAAAAAGCAAUGCUCUUUCCUGAAUUCUAAAAUAAAUUCUCCUAAGAGCUAUACCUCUUCUUGAGAUUUAAAUGCAUUGCUAGCCCACUUGACAGCAAUAGGAAAAAUAAUGUGAACUUAACACCCAUGAAAGCCAAGCAUUCAUCUCCAGUUGGGACCAAGACUCGUUCUGUGGUUAGGCAUGGUCCCAGAAAUAGUAGCAGCAACACAAAGGUGAAGAAGUACUGCAGUCUGGAAUUAUCAUUAGCCAGGCUACAUCAUUCAUUUCUUCACUGUAACAUGUGCCAUAAAGGAAAGGUAAAGUAGAGCGAGGAGACUUCAAUUAUUUAUUU